GUACGCGUCUGUGCAGUGCUUACAGUGUAUGUAGGGUUUCUCACGAUGCAUUAGUCUAUCAAAUACAGUAGUACUUUGCGUUCCAUUCAAUGGGCAAGAUAAGUGUUCCUACUUGACAAUGAUGAAAUGGUUUCACAUUAUGAUAUAGCAGAUUAGACAACGGACUCUACAUCUGUCACAUUGCUCCUUUUACUUGGAUAUGACACAAAAGUCAUGCAUACACACAAGCCAUACAUGAUGCGCAUACACGCACGUACGCUGGUGGUGGUGUUGUGUGUCAGGGUUAUUGAAAUUGAGAAACACGCGUGAUGUGCACAGACAAUAAAAAAGGAGAAGGGGUGGUGGCAGUGUAACAGUGUACACAAGCGUGUAUAUGUUAAUUGCUCGUGAGAAGAGGGUGCGCUCCUGUUACCGAUCCUCUUUACCAUCAUCAUCAUCAAAAACGACUUCAACCACACUCUUUUUUCUCUAUAAAACAUGGCUGAUAGCGCUGAUGUCGGUAAAGCUGUUCCAACUGAACAACGUCAAGGUUGGGGUCAAUUCUUGAAAUCAAUCGCUUCAUUUUCGGGGGAUUUAUCAAGUUUAACCGCUCCUUCUUUCAUCCUUUCUCCCGUCAGUUUAACCGAAUAUCCAUCUUAUUGGGGUGAACAUCCUGAUCUAUUCGCAGCUUGUGCUACCGGCAAAGAUGAUGUAGAACAAAUGGUUAAUGUCUUACGCUGGUUCAUCGGUACACUCAAAGGUCAAUAUACUGCCCGUAACACCAGCAUGGGAAGCGAGAAAAAACCUCUCAAUCCAAUCUUGGGUGAAUUAUUCCUUGGAUCAUGGCCCGAUAAGAAUGGACGUGGUGAAACAAACUUGGUUUCCGAACAAGUAUCCCAUCACCCUCCAAUCACUGCCUACAGUCUCAUCAAUGAGAAGGCAAAAGUUACCUUGGAAGGUCACAGCGGGCAAAAGACUUCUUUCAGCGGUGGCAGUAUCAACGUCAAGCAGGUAGGACAUGCAGUCUUGCGUGUGCCAAGCGCUGAUGGCAAAGGCGAAACGCUUUACCUCAUCACUUUGCCUCACUUACAAAUCGAAGGUCUCAUCUGGGGAUCUCCAUACAUUGAAUUGGGUGGUACAAGUCACAUUUGCUCCUCUUCUGGAUACCUCGCCACGAUCAACUACAGUGGAAAGGGAUACUUCUCCGGUAAGCCACACAGCUUCAAGGCAACCAUCUCACCUUCAAGUAAAGCCUCGCAUCCUAUGUACUCCAUCGAAGGUGAUUGGAGCGGUUCCUCAAAGUUCAAAGGAUCUAGCCCUGAAGGUGGAAAGGAUGCUGCCUUCUGGGAUGCAUCUUCUGACCGGGAAGAGGUUAGCGUUAAGCCGAUCGAAGAACAACAACCGAUGGAAAGUCGAAAAGUAUGGCAAAAAACUGCAGAAGGUAUUAAAACGCAAAAUUAUGAUGCAGCAAGCAAGGAUAAGAGUAGAAUAGAAAACGAACAGCGACAAAAACGUAAAGAUGAACAAGCAAAAGGAACGCCUCAUCAGUUAGAAUACUUUGUACAUGUAGACGAUGACAAAGAAUAUGCCGACCUUGCGGCUAAAUUUGGUGGACAUCCAGCACAUGAAGAAGCAUUCAGACGCAAGCCAAGGGUACACUGAUGCUAACAAAGUAUGUACUCAUUCUAUCUCCUUUUUUU